AUGCGGAUUGGCGGAGCGUCAGAUCCAGUGUACGAUGAGUACAUAACCGCGCUGGGAGACGAUAUGAAGGGUUUGGCUGACGAGUUGAAGGCGUUGGGUCUGGCUACCAACAGCGUGCAGGUCCAUACGGCGGUGGCCAUUCCGCGCACAAGAGGCGGCGAGCUGGUGGCCAAAGGGACAUUUAUGAAGGCGUCGCCCCGAGAGAGGUGGUAUUCGGACGUGGCGCUGCUCAAUGACAAGGGUGGGGACUGCCGGCUGCCGAAGUCGUACAUUCCGGAUAAGCGCAAUGUGGUGGAGCGUAUCGCCAGCGUCGGCAUCCUCUACAAUGCGACGGGGAUUUGUUCCGCAGUGCCUCUGGUGGUGCUAGAGCCAUCCAAUAGGCCUGAGCGCCGGCGGGCGGGCGCCGCAUCGCGCAAGGUGGCCGUUCGCCGUGAUCGCAACACCAUCAUCCUCACCAUUCACAAGGCGCAUCGCAUCACAGGCAAGGUGGCGCCGCCCGUCACGGAGCACGGCUUCAGUGUGCAGCACCUCAAGAACACCCGAGUCGUCAACAUUCGUGGAUCGGUUCCGGAGACGGGCCUGCCGCACCUGCAGGGAGUGGGUGACGCGCUGAAGGCGUAUUACCGCGUUAUGCUGAUAAGGCGUGCGAUAGGGUCCAAGCGGUUCCAGUUCGACUAUUCGGCUUCCAUCGCUGAUGUCGACUAUAACGACAUACUCGAGUGGCUGGGAGAAGCGUGGACUCCUGUGCGCACGGCUACCAUGCAGCGGAGCUGGUGGCGCGCAGGAUGCGUGCCGGCGAGCUGGCCGCCCCUGAUGGCGUACCUGGGUGACACGUGUGCAACCGGCAUGUUCGAGCCUAUUAUUUCGCGUGCCGAUGAGCUCGGCAACCCCCCGGCGGCUGUGCCUGCAGAGGUCGGAGCAUCGAACCAGGAGGUGAUUUCCCGCCUAUGCAGGACGCCUGUCAAGAGGGCUUGCGUAGGGGGGCGAGCUGAGAACGGGACAGCCGAAGAAGUGCUGCAGAGUGAUGAAAUGCUAGAGAGUGAUGACGACCAGUGA